AUGGAGUGGUGUGACGUUCAUGGACGUGUCCUCCCUGCUGCUGGACCUCCAGAGACAUCCAGAGACCGUGAAGGCUGCUACACUGUGACAAGCCAUGUCAUCGUCCCGAAAACGGACAACAACACGUUCACCUGUCGGGUUCAACAGCCGGAGAUCAAACACAUGAAGGAGAGACGGGUUCAUAUUCCAGGUGAGGGUCUGUUUUGGAUAUUUGAAAGAAGGCACUAUCGGUAAAAAAUGUCCUGUUGUUUAAGUCAUUUCAUGUAUAAUACAGACUGACCAUCAGAUGCAGGUCAUCAGUCAGCCUCACCACUGCUCUCUCCCUCCCCUCAGACGGACCAUCAGAUACAGGUCAUCAGUCAGCCUCACCACUGCUCUCUCCCUCCCCUCAGACUGACCAUCAGAUACAGGUCAUCAGUCAGCCUCACCACUGCUCUCUCCCUCCCCUCAGACUGACCAUCAGAUGAAGGUCAUCAGUUCAGUAAAAAUAAAAGCUAAUUAUUAUUCUCACUUAGCUGUGCCUCACAAAUAAUACAACACAUGAUCUAUUACCAGUGUGAUCAUAUAACACAUUUUAUAAAAUAUAAUUUCUAAGUGGUCUGAAAAGAACAAGAUUGGCAGGGAAAUCCAAGCAUAGCCAAUAUGCAGUGAUAAUGUAUUGGACUUCUAGCCUACUGCACAAACCUCAUUGCUACAGAACAGUUUUUAAUUGGUUAAUGUUGCUUAUGUUUUUUCAGUCAUGUUUAAAAGAGAAUCUGAGGGGUAGAUCUCGGCCUGCUUUUUCACUCAAAGUGAUCUUGACUCAGAAAAGGUUGGUGACCACUGGUCUACAUGGUCAAGAGGUUGAACAGAGGACUUGACUACAUAGUAGAUUUCACCAGUCCAGGGAUGUGAAACACAUACUUAGUUGACUGUGUUCAUGUGACGUGUUAGACGGUUCUGUUCUAGUCCUGUCUCUCAUCCAUUUAAACAGGAACCUUGGACGUCAGUAAUGCAGAACCCUUAAUGACGAAGAACAAGGAGACGACGAAGAAUGAGGAAGAUGAGGCCGGUGAACCCAGUCUGCCAUAG